CCGCUCCGCUCCCCGCGGGAGGCAGCGCGGGUCGGGCGCGGAGCCGUCCCGCGCCGGCCAUGGCCUAGCGGCGGCGGCCGGGCCACACGAUGAGUUUCCCGGCGGAGGACGGCGUGGGCAGCCUCUGCCACAAGGCGCUGCAGAUCAUCUCGGAGCUGUGCCUGGGCGGGCAGGUGGAGCGGGAGAAGUGCGCCGGCAUCUUCCCCCUGGAGAGCGCCCGGCAGGGCAUCGGCGGCACAGAUGUCUCAGUCAGUCUCUUAGCAGUUGUCGUCAGCUUCUGCGGGCUCGCCUUGCUGGUGGUCUCGCUUUUUGUCUUUUGGAAGUUGUGCUGGCCCUGCUGGAGGAGCAAACCUCUCACCUCCAGCGCCAGUAAUGUCCCGCAGAGCAGCUCCAGCGCUCCCACGGAGGUUUUGGAGAACAGCGAGAAAAAGGAAGUUAAAGAAAAUGGGAAACCUACAACCAAGGUGCUUGAAGCUGCGCUGAAAAUCAGCCACACUUCACCUGAUAUACCAGCAGAGGUGCAGAACGCACUGAAGGAGCACCUGAUCAGACAUGCUCGGAUGCAGAGGCAGAUCACGGAGCCCACGUCCUCAUCAAGGCACAAUUCCUUCAGGAGGCACUUGCCAAGGCAGAUGCAAGUGUCCAGUGUUGAUUUUAACAUGGGGACAGACCCGGUUUUGCAAAGGGGAGAGACCACAACCAGCAUUGGGAGAAUAAAACCAGAACUCUACAAACAGAAGUCUGUGGAUUCUGAUGGGCAACAAGAAGAUGUGAAAACGUGUGGAAAACUUAACUUCACUCUCCGGUAUGAUUAUGAGAAUGAACUUCUGGCUGUCACAAUUGUCAAAGCCUUAGAUCUGCCUGCUAAAGACUUCACAGGAACAUCCGACCCCUACGUUAAGAUUUAUCUGCUUCCAGACAGGAAAAAGAAAUUUCAGACACGAGUUCACAGAAAGACAUUAAAUCCAGUCUUUGAUGAAACCUUUCAGUUUCCUGUAGCCUAUGAUCAGCUCAGCAACAGGAAAUUGCAUUUCAGUGUUUAUGAUUUUGACAGAUUUUCUAGACAUGACAUGAUUGGGGAAGUUAUUCUUGAUAACCUUUUUGAAGUCUCAGAUCUCUCCAGGGAAGCCAAUGUAUGGAAAGACAUCCACUGUGCCACCACAGAAAGCAUAGAUUUGGGUGAGAUCAUGUUUUCCCUUUGUUAUUUGCCUACUGCUGGGAGAAUGACUUUGACAGUCAUCAAAUGUCGGAAUCUCAAAGCAAUGGAUAUAACUGGUGCAUCAGAUCCUUACGUCAAAGUGUCGCUGAUGUGCGAGGGACGGAGGCUGAAAAAGCGGAAAACAACCACAAAGAAGAACACUCUGAAUCCUGUUUAUAAUGAGGCCAUCAUCUUUGAUAUCCCUCCAGAGAACGUGGACCAGGUCAGCCUCUCCAUUGCAGUGAUGGAUUAUGACAGAGUAGGGCACAAUGAGGUCAUUGGAGUGUGCCGGACAGGAAUUGAUGCUGAAGGCCUUGGAAGAGAUCAUUGGAAUGAAAUGUUGGCUUACCCACGUAAACCAAUAACUCACUGGCACCCACUACUAGAGCUACCUGGCCGAGCAACCAGUUUUGAUAGCCAGGGAUCCUGUUCCUCACCCAAACCACCGCUUACACCCUAGGAGCCAGGAUGGAUCCAUCAUGCUCAGUGUCCAAAGCUCCCCCACAGCUCACAUCUACAUCAACAGAAGGUUUGGAUUCUGCAGAUGAACUGUAUCCAUAUUUUUUUAUCAAAAUACAUCUUUCCUAUUCUAAGUCUUAUACGACAAUUUAUAAUAAUUUGUUAAAGUGUGGAUGAAGUUGACUUGAGUCAAAUAUAACCCUUCCUUCUGCAAAUUCAUUCACCUGUUUUAUCUCUGGCAUAUAUCCAGGGCAGUGGUUUGAUGGGGCCUCUAUCUUUUCAGAGGCAAAGAAACCAGAAAAAAAAAAGAUCCCUUAAGUAAUUCAAACUACUGCACCUUUUAACACCUAAUUCUUUUGAGGUAGAGCAAUUAGUCAUAUACAGCUCAUGUAGUAAAUUCCUUCUAAAUUGCACUAAAUCCUCUAUGACUUUGCAAGAUAGCACUUCAAACUGAAUGUUGCAUGAAAAAAAAAACAAAACACUGUUGUCAUGUUUUGAGUAUCUGGAAAAUCAGUUCAUUCCUUGGGCAGGGAGGAAGGGCUGAUUUAAGAGCCAAUGAGGCAGAUCUACUGACUUCAAUAGGUUUUAGUCAAGCCCUUCUGAUACAGGUAUGAGAACUGGAUCUAUGCAGUUAUAAGCUUCCAGCACUCAUGAUGACAGCUGCAUCUCAACACAAGUCAAACUGCAGAGGAGAGAAUGCUCAGACGUAAAGGAAUUGAUUUAACGUGAUUUAUCUCUUCACAAAAUUGACCAAAUAUUGCAGUUACCCACAACAUUUCUAUGAUUCUUGAUUUAAUGUGACAGCCUUAGAUUUCUUUGAAGUUAUUUUGACUGAGUGCACAGCACACAUGGAAUUUAGUUUCUGGUUGCUGGCUGGAUGCCUCUAGACACAUAUGCUAAAUAUGAAUUUGAGAUGUGUUUUCUGUCAGUCUAUGGAGAUACAAAUCGAAAUGUGACUAUUUUACAAGCAAGUAAACUCAUUUAUUGGAAUACACAGUGACAGCAAAUGCAAAAAUCUAUUUGCUGUAGUCAGAUACUUUAAAAAGCAGAAGAGAACUACUUAUUAUUUUGUGGAUUUUUCUCCAAACACUGCAGUUUACCUCAAUCAGAUAAAUCAGAUAGUUACUUUCUUUUUUCCUUUUUUCUUUUCUUUCUUUCUGUGAAGAGUGUAGCACAGACAGCAGGAUUGGGUCUGAGGUUUUGAAAGCUGGACUGUAAUUAGAAAAAGUUAGGCACUUUUUGUAUCUUUGCAAUAUAUAUAAAGAAAACAGUGUUUUCCAAACCAGUAUUUUUACAGAAAUGUCAUGCAGGAGAAAAACAACAAAAGAAGAUUGAUUUAUGAUAAUGAAAGAAAUUUUGAGAAUUCAUCUGGAUAUGAAGGGAAAGGGUCGUGUUGGCAAACUUCUAAAGAACCAUUUUGGGUUGGUUUAGCCUGGCUGACACAAAAUAUGUACCCAAAGAUCCAGUCCCUCAAUGCCACCAUGACUGAUCUCUAAGACAGACAAAAAUACCUUUAAGUGUCUUAAACUGCUCCAGAAAAGCUAGCAAGGCUGGUCUUAACAUUACAGGUGUAUCUAAUUCAAAAAAGGAGGCACUUUUAUACCUUGCCUCCUGUGCCUAUGAACGCAGCAAGCAAACAAAUAAAUAUAAAAAUCAAUCUUUACAGUCUUUACAAAUAAGGGGAGGGAAAGAAAAUAAAAGAAAGAAAAAAUGGAAAAAAGAAAAGGCUCCAGUCCAAGUUUCUGAAUGCCUGUUUCAGGUUGUUCUUCAUGGCCUCUAGGCAGAAAUUGUUUCUAUCAGAGAGGAUUGGUAAUGCUGACACUGAUCCUCCCUGCUUAAGAUUGUAUUUUCAUCACCAUAAAUGCAGAGCAGCCUUGCAGAAUUUCAUUCCUCCUUUUGCUCUGGAUGAGUAAUUUUUUUAAUAGGAGAACAAACUCUCCUCUGUGAGGUUUUUUUCCCUCCCAUAAUUGUUAUCCUAACAAAAUUCUGUGGCUUAGAUAAUUUUCAACAUGAUUCUGCAAGGCUGAUAUCAAAACAGAUAUAUAUGUAUAUAUAUAUAUGGAGAUUGAAAAACUAUUUUAUGUAUACAUUUAUCUUAAUAUAAAUUAUAUCAACAGUGGCCUUUGUGGCCUAGAAAAUACUUUUUGUAAUGUGGUACUGUAACAGUCAAUAGUUAAUUAAAUAUUCUUUGCACUUUUUUGCACCUAAUAUCCAAAAAGCGAACAAAUUCACGAUCAAAUGUAGCAUUAGUGUUCAGCAAUGAGCAACGUAUUUUUACCUAUUUUACUGUUCUCUGAGUAUCCUGUGUGUUUCAUCAUAGGUAGCAAGGUAUUUCAAGAUUCAUUUUCUUAAAUUUUAAUUGUUGUUAAAUACCAAAGGCUCAGCUUGUGCCCCUUUGUUGUGUUAUUUUUGGUAUUGUUAAUAACAAUAGUGAAUGACUUCUGUGUCUAAACCUGAUUGAUGGGUGCUCUACAUCUAGAAGAAAUCAGGCUGCGAAAUCAUCUGGACAUCUAGCUUCAAAAAUGAUCCCUUAAGUAUUUAUCUUUAUUCCCUUAGCAGUGAUUAAUAGAACUAGAUAAAAAGAUUUAUUUUUUUUUCUUCAUUGUUUCCUUAACCAUCUCAAAAGAUAGGAUAUGUACUUAGCAUAACCCAUCCAUUGGCUUUAGAGCCUGGUUCACGAGUUACUCUCAGUGACAUCACAAAAGCACCAAGGAAGAGCUUAGCACAGUUUAAGUCAAGGAAUAUGUGCUCAAUGCAUAUCUUUAUUAAGGAAUUCUAAAUAUUUAAAUUUGGAAACUUGGAGCAGUUACAAGUUCUCUGCUCCCAUCCUGAUUUUUUUUUCUGCUUAUCCACAUUUCUCCCAUAUCUCAUGUAUUACCCUAAUUUGGGAAAAACAAAUGUGUCAAAAGGCUGGUUUAAAAUAUAUUGUAGUACUUUUACAACAGUUAGAAAAUCUUCCUUUCCUAAAGGCCUAAGCUAUUUUACUUGAAGCUCUUUACGGGAAACCAGUAGUUAAGAAUUGUAUUUGCAUGGCCUGUUUUUUGGUUUUUUUUGUACUCUCACACUGCACAGGUGAGCACAAGCCCACAAAGAUUGAAACCAUGUUCUGCACUCCAUGACCUCAGCUUUGGACCCCAACAUUUUACAGUCCUGCUGACAUGGCCCUUCCCCUCUCCCUCCCAGCAAGUAACCAGCUCUUUCCUCACCAUCUUUUGUCUAUGCUGGUCUUAGGGAUAUGAAUAUUGGUCAAAGUGGCCAGCAACUUCCCCUGCAAAAUUUCUUCUUCAAUAAAUGCAAUUCUUUGGACUACUUAUGUUUAACAAAAUUAUACAUUUUUCUUAAAGAAUCACCACUACUUCCAAUAUUUUUGAAGAAAAUGUUGAGCUACCAAUAAAUGUUUUCAUUGGGUUGAUUUUUUCAAGGGAAAAAGCAUUUACCUAAUUUAUUUCUGUGGGUGCAUUUUUGGAGCAAUAUUAAGAAAAACUUUAGUUAAAAGACUCAUUUGAUUAAUCCUUUUCUCCUCUUUCUCAGCUUUUUAAUUGGAUUCAAUGUAAUUCCUUUAAAAAUUUCUAACAUCAUGAUGUACAACAUAUACAUGAUAGUCUAGUUACAAGAUUAUUUUGCUAUCUCUUUUUUAUAAAUUUUUAUAUGUACUAACUUUAUAUUGUACUCCAUUAAUUUAACAGGCUUUUUACAUCUGAAACAGUUUGUCUGUAUUUUUGAGUGAGCAAACAUUCAAAAGAAGGGUAUUUCAGAACUCAGUAAUAGAGUUCUUCUUCUGCUGGAAAUGUAACAUUUUUUAGAAAUCCAUAAAUGUGCCUGCCAAAUUUGAAAAUCACCUUUUUUGAGCAUGCAAAAACCUAGGUUUGCACAUACAAGUACUUGCACUUGCUGGAUGUACAAUCACUAUUAUUUAGCACUCCUGUUACAACAGAACACUCACAGCUAAUCAGAAAGAUGUUUCAGUUCAUGAUAAACACUUGACAAACCUGUACUGUGUGACCGUUCCUUGACCUGAGAAGUUCAUAUGACAUUAUUUCUACAAAUGAAAGGCUUGAAAAUUUGGUAGCUCCUAAAACAUGAUGUAUAUGUUAAUCAGACAGUGAGGUGACUUUUGGACAAAGCUCAUGUAAUAUCUGUUGGACCAUC